AUGAAACGUCUGCUCAGCAAGCUUCAGGACAACGCGGGCCAGCUCUCAAAGGAAGAGCUCGACGACCUGAAGCAACAGGCCGACGAGGCUCUGAAGGCAUUUGGAAAGGAGCAUGCCCAUUUCGAGGUGGUGUGGCCCUCCACGAUGACAGAUCACCCAUAUUUCGAACAGGAAUGCUUUGUCCAAAUGCAAGAUGCCCACUCCGAUGCGAAGUCUCUCAUUGCAAAGGAGAAAGCCAGGAUCGCCACUCAACUGCUCGCUCAACAGGCGGAUCAAUCGGCAAAGGCACCAGCUCAAUCGAAGCUGCCAGACAUCGAGCUGCCCAAAUUCAAUGGCAGCUAUACGGAUUGGCCGUCGUUCAUCAACUUGUUUGGAUCCGUGGUAAUGAAUAGGAAAGACCUGGACGAUGUAGAGAAAUUCUACUAUCUGAAGAGAUACUUGCGAGGAGAGCCGCUCAACAUCGUAUCAAACCUGUCGCUCACCGGAGCAUCACUCAACGCUGCCGUCUCACAGCUCAGGACGCGCAACGAAAAUAAACGGCGACUCAUCCAACUUAGAUCAGCUCGCGUCUCUGCCAGCAGGCCCACUGGUCAUGGGCCAAGAGCAAGCAAAGAGCCUGAGCCAGCUCAUCUCGAUGGCUCUGGAGACUAG